AUGUUGCGUUCAUCUGGAGGCGAGAAAUUGGCGCAUAAGGUUGAUCUGGUGGAAGACAUUCUACAAGACCUCCUGGAUCUCGAUCACAUUGUGAACCUGCCCUCUUCACUAGGGAUGGAGAAGGUGUUAUGCCAUGGAGACAUGUGGUCCACGAAUUUGAUUUGGAGGAAAGGAAAAGAACAUGUCGAUUUGGCAGCCGUCAUAGACUUCCAGGAUGCCAUUGGCCCGCAAGACGGAUCACUUUUUUCUCGUUUUGCGCAGAGGUGGGCCGAUGACAUUGAAUACUCUGACUAUCAGUUUAUGCAGAAUCCAGUUCUUUAG